AUGGAGGAUCACCCCAUGGUGCCGUCCUCUUCCCUCAGUGAGUGCUCUGGGAGCGGCGGGAUGGACGACAGCAGAGGAGCCAAGAGUCCGUCCCCGGGCAAAGCUCUGAGCCCGGCUCUGGUGUGCAAAGUGUGCGGAGACACCAGCAGCGGCAAACACUACGGCAUCUACGCCUGCAACGGCUGCAGCGGCUUCUUCAAACGCAGCGUGAGGAGGAGGCUCAUCUACAGGUGCCAGGCCGGUACCGGCAUGUGUCCGGUGGACAAAGCUCAUCGCAACCAGUGCCAGGCGUGCCGGCUGAAGAAGUGCCUGCAGGCGGGCAUGAACAAGGACGCAGUACAGAACGAGCGGCAGCCUCGCAGCACAGCUCAGGUCCGCCUGGAGUGCAUCGACGUGGACCCCGACAAGGAGCACCUGGCCACCACGCGGGAGCCCACCUCCUCUUCCUCAUCCUCCACUUCCUCCUCCUCUUCCUCCUCCUCCUCCUCCUCAGUCAUCACGUGGCCCCACAUCACCUCCUCCAUGUCCAUCACCUCCUCUGCGGCCCCCCAGCGCUGCAUCAGUCCCCAGAACAACCACCGCUUCAUGGCCAGCCUCAUGACGGCCGAGACCUGCGCCAAGCUGGAACCCGAGGACGUCGACGAGAACAUCGACGUGACGAGCAACGAGCCGGAGCGAGCGUCCUCGGAGUACCACAUGGCUCUGUACCCGUCCAGCUCCGAGAACGUGUACGAGACCUCGGCGAGGCUGCUCUUCAUGUCUGUAAAGUGGGCCAAGAACCUGCCGGUGUUUUCCAACCUGCCCUUCAGAGACCAGGUGAUCCUGCUGGAGGAGGCGUGGAGCGAGCUCUUCCUGCUCUGUGCCAUCCAGUGGUCUCUGCCUCUGGACAGCUGCCCGCUGCUCUCUCUGCCUGACCUCUGCCCCGGCAUGCAGGGCAAGACCAGCUACACCAGCCUGGACCUGCGCCUCCUGCAGGAGGUCUUCAGCCGCUUCAAGGCCCUCGCCGUCGACCCCACCGAGUUCGCCUGCCUCAAGGCCAUCGUGCUCUUCAAGCCAGAGACUCGUGGUUUGAAAGACCCGGAACAAGUGGAGAACCUGCAGGAUCAGUCUCAGGUGAUGCUGGGACAACACAUCCGCUCACACUACCCCAGUCAACCAGCCAGGUUUGGAAAGCUGCUCCUUCUUCUCCCCUCUCUGCGUUUCGUGAACUCGGAGCGCAUCGAGCUGCUGUUCUUCCACAGGACCAUCGGGAACACUCCCAUGGAGAAGCUGCUGUGUGACAUGUUCAAAAACUAG